AAUCACCUAAUAAUAAGAAGAGAAAGCGUUCCUUGAAGCGUGUGGAGAGCAACUGAGAGUGAAAAGCCUCAGCCAUUAGCGGAAGAGGCAUCGAGUUGCCUCGAGGGGCUUCUUAUGGCGACCGCAGCUAAGGCUUACCUGCUGUCCCACUUCAGUUCUAACGACCUCUCCUUCCUGAAACCUCACCAACCCCCAACACCACCACCUCUUCUCUUCUCCCGCCAUCUCCUUCUCCGCCCUUUACUUCCCGCAAUCUCCUCUACCUUUAAGAAUCGCGCGGCUUCUCUUCCCGUUUUCAAUUGUCUAGUAUCAGGAGUCGACGGUGGAGGCGUUGCCGAUGACUUCGUUUUCACCAGAAACUCUAGCUUUGAUCGAGAAUUCUCCGUCAUCGCCGGUAUGCUUAAACGCAUCGAACCCCUCGACACCUCCAUCAUCUCCAAGGGUGUCUCCACUGCCGCCAGGGAUUCCAUGAAGCGUACCAUCUCCACGAUGCUUGGUUUGCUUCCUUCUGAUCAAUUCUCCGUCACCAUCAGCGUCUCCAGGCGUCCUCUUGAUCGCCUCCUCGUCUCUGCCAUUAUUACCGGAUAUACUCUUUGGAAUGCGGAGUAUAGGGUUUCUCUGAUGAGGAACUUCGACGUGUCUCCAGGGAGUUCGGUAGCCUCGGUUGCUUCUCAUGAGCGUGGGAUUUCAGCGAUAGAGUAUCAAAAGAGGGAAGGUAGGGACGUCGAAGUUGAUGUUGAUACCUUCAGUGAAUAUGCAAUGGACAAAAGCAGUCCUCUGGGUUUGGGAGAUUUAUCGCCCGAGGUUCUCAAUUACAUUGCUGAGCUAAAAGAUGAGUUGGCUACCAUUGAGAAGGAAUUGAAUGCUCAGAAGCAGGAAAAUUUGCACUUGGAAUAUGAUGGGGGAGGGAAUAGUGAUUUGUUAGAGUACUUGCGAACUUUGGAACCAAACAUGGUGAUUGAACUGUCUCGUCCAUCAUCUUCGGAGGUUGGGGAAGUUAUUGAUGAACUUGUUCAGAACAUAGUGGAAAAGUUGUUUAAAGAUGAUACUGCCUCUGGUUUCCUGGAAGAUUCAGUCACCGGGAAAACAGAGAACCUACCAGAUGGUGAUAUUGAGCUUUGCAAUACUAUUGGAACAUCUCGGGAUUACCUUGCGAAGCUUCUAUUCUGGUGCAUGCUAUUAGGUCAUCAUUUACGAGGCUUGGAGAACAGAUUGCAUUUGAGCUGUGUAGUUGGAUUGUUGUAAAGAUGAAAAAAGUAUAUUAGAAGAGGACAUAAAAUGGAGGUUGGGGUAAAGAGCGUCUUUCAAGGGCCAUGAAAAGCUGUUCAGUCAGGGUGGAAGAAAAUUAAAGAGGUUUGGUUGGCCACAUAGGAGUUGAUGAGCUUGCUUCCUCAGCCAGUUGAUGGCGAAUGGCGUUGGCAUUCUCUCCAUUUUUUUCUGGAAAUCUCAUCUUGUUGCAGUUCAGGCUGUCAAGGGUUUGGCCUAUAAGGCCAUGCAAUAAAAGUAUUAAUGUUUUGUUUUUGUGUUUUUUGUUUUUAUUUAUUUUUUUUAUUUUUUAAAUUUCUGUAGACAUUGUAAAUAUUAACUAUUAUCCUUCAGUGCCUUAUUUUUUCUCUUUCAUAAAUAAAAAAAGGCAUUCUACUA